UGAGAGAGAGAGAGAAGCCAAAGAGCUGGAGGAUUAGAGCAGACAAAGCUAUACUGGAAGGCAAAACGAGAAACAGACAGAAGAAGAGAAAGAAAGGAAGAAAAGAGACUCAGGGGAGAGAAAGAGAAGAGACGCUGAGCACAUGGAGAGAUAAGACGAAGCGGAGAGAGAGAGAGACAGGCGGACGGAACAGGUCAGAGAGAAGGAACUUGACAGAGGAACAGAAGUGUGUGUGUGUGUGUGUGUGGUGCUGUGAUCUAGAGAAUGAGAGAUGCAGGAAAAGAAUGACACACAACCCAAAACACACAUCAAGGCUCACCCGGUGUUGAAGGCGUUCAUGUGUGGUUCUCUCAGUGGAACCUGCUCCACGUUACUGUUCCAGCCGCUGGAUCUUGUAAAAACACGACUGCAGACUCUACAGAACAGCACACAGCCUGGUGGUGUGAAGGUGGGGAUGCUGCGUGUGUUUAUCACAGUGGUCCGGACUGAAAAACUCUUCGGUCUGUGGAAAGGCGUCUCACCGUCGUUUGUGCGCUGUAUCCCAGGCGUAGGGAUUUAUUUCAGCACAUUCUACUCUCUGAAGCAGUAUUUUUUCGAGCUGCGAGCGCCGGGAGCGUGUGAAUCGGUGUUGUUGGGAGCAGCAGCGCGCUGUGUGGCUGGAGUCACCAUGCUGCCCAUCACCGUCAUCAAAACACGCUUCGAGAGUGGGCGGUAUAACUACAGCAGUGUGUGUGGGGCAUUGAGGAGUGUGUGUGAGACAGAGGGACCGAGAGCUCUAUACUCGGGUCUCACAGCUACACUGCUCAGAGAUGCGCCAUUCUCUGGCAUCUACGUCAUGAUCUACAGCCAGAGCAAGAGGGCACUGCCACAUGAGCUCGGAUCGUCUGGUCUGGUUCCUCUGCUGAACUUUAGUUGUGGUGUGUUUGCUGGGAUUUUGGCAUCUGUGGUGACGCAGCCGGCUGACGUGGUGAAAACACACAUGCAGGUCAAUCCAACACGUUAUUGCACAACGCGCCACACACUGCAGCUCAUCUACACCGAACAGGGACUCGCAGGUUUUUUCCGUGGUGCUGUUCCGCGCUCGUUGAGGAGAACCCUGAUGGCUGCGAUGGCCUGGACUGUGUACGAACAACUCAUGGCAAUUAUGGGCCUCAAAUCCUGAACAUGCAUGCACGCUCUCUCUCUGUCUCUCUCAGUAAAAAGUGGUAUGUAAUUGAACACUCCUGGAGAAAUUGACCCGCAGCCAGUAUGCUGAGACACUGUUGGUGUUCUGCUGGUCACUGAGCAAGCUCCGCCUCUGUGCACUGCAUCAUGAAACAGGCUCCACCCACUAUUCACUGAGAAGACUCCACCUCCACACUGAGUUAUUGCACCUGUGCCUGUUAUCACUCCAGAAGCUCCACCCACCUUAUUAAUGAUUAGACUCCUCCCCCAUGGGGGUUCAUCCUAAAUACUCCACCCCUAUACUCCAUGACAAGAGGCUACGCCCCCACAGUUUUGUAAAAUAAAGCUGUAGUUUAUUUAACCACUAUAUAACUUAUAUACCUUCAAAAUAACCAUAGCGUUUAAUUUAACAAUACAACAGAUAAUUGUUUAAUAUAUAUUUUUAAUAUAAUCUACAUCUGAUCUUUCUUUUGCUGUCUGACAGUUUCUUCACUUCAUUAUCUAGAUUUAUUUAUUUUGGAAGCAUUUAUACAUUUUUCCAUCAAAAGUCAUCACUUUUACCUCUGGGUAAUUGCAGUCAAUUCUCAAAUCAUUUUAAAAUGUGCCCUUGUAAAAUUAAUCGUAAAAAAAGUGAGAUUCGAGCUCGUCAGCUAAGACAAUUCGGGAGAGACAGAAUCCAAAAAGUGUGUUAGUGAGAAAUAAAGACAGUGGAAUAGUUCAUACUGGGAUGGGUGCGGUGUUCAAGGGCAUCUGAAAAUCUAAUCCAUCUUCAUUCAGGACAUGAUGGAAAUUGCACAUUUCCCAUAAUCCUUUGUGUUUCACAUUUUGAUGCUGCCUUGUUACUACAGACACUUGGGUGUGUUCGUUCUGUUUUGAAGACUUGGUGUAGGUUUGGGCAAAACACUGGAGAGAUUAUUAUUAAUGAUAAUACUGGAAUGUGUGUGAUGUAUAGAAUGUAAGAGAAGUUGAAAGUUGCUUUUGUGUUCCAGUGUGUAAUUGUGUGUGUGUGUGUGUGUGUAUAAGUUGUGUACAUUGUCUAUCUGGACUGGAUGUGAACUGGUCAUAGUUUGUGAAUGCACUUUAAUUCAAGAGGAGCCUAUGUACUGGAUGUGUUAUCUCCUCAGUAAUCAGUUAUACAACAUACUGUGAUACUUAACACACACUAAACCUGCAUUUUAUUUGGGAGGGGUGUGUGUGUGUGUUUUCUCUCUCAGUUCAGGGCCAAACAAACUGGAGCUAGUAGACUUCAGUGUCCUCUCAUGAUGUUCACUUUAUCCUGCUGUUAUUGCUGGUGUUUACUCCUCAGAUUAAUGCUCUGCAGUUUUGUUUACAUGUGAAUAAAUUUGUCCUGUUUUUAAUA